CGGGAAAGUUGGGAGCAGUAUCCAGAAAGUAAGCUUGCAACUGAGUCGCAUUAUCUCGAGAAACAAAUUGAAAAUUGAAACAAUAUUUUUGGCCAAGUGUUUUGUCCAAAACAACCUUUAAGCACCAGAAAAUGCCAUCUGUAAGGAAGAAACUGAUGUUUCUAGCAGGAUUUUCUGCCAGUCUGGGAACUUGUAUAUUAAUAGCUGCAAUAAUGGCAACAGAUAAUUGGAUCACUAGCUCAGUUCAUUGUAUGGCAAACUCAACUGGCAAUGCAACUGGCGAACUGCAGCUUCGAUAUGGGUUGUUUGAAGGUGUACGCGAAAAGUUGGGCUGCCCACUCCUGAUCGACGAUGGGGAUGUCAAAGUCAUGGAAUUAUUCGGCGAUACGAACAGUGCAAAACAUAUCCAUAUUGUGGUGAUUUUGUUCACUGUUCUGGGGCUGGUGUUUUCGUUCCUGAGCACUAUUGUCACCUUCUACAACAGUUUAAGUAAUCCGUAUGAGACCAUCUGUGGGCCACUCAGUGUUUAUGCAUGCAGCUCCGUAAGCUGCAUUGUGAUGUUCCUGGCAAUGAUUCUGUUUGUUAUCAACACAAAGGUGAAUGAUCUUUCGACGAUCUUGGUGAGAAACUCAGUUCCUCAAACCACCAUUGAAUUGAAGCAUAAGAGUGACAGCUACGGAUACUCCUUCUGGCUGAUUUUGCUGUCUCUUGCUCUUAAUAUUACCUCUAUUGUCAUUGUCUAUACCUAUCAGCAUGCAAAUUACACCAAGCAAAAAGAGCAACAAAGACCAACAGAAUAUGCACCCAAAGAUGUUUUGAUGUAUUAAUUAAAGAUAACAUACAGUCAA